CAGUCAGCAGCAACCCUCCACCCCCUUAAUAGCUAGCAGCCGUUAUGGCAGCCAGCGGCCAUUAGGGGGAAGCAGACACCUCAAGUACACUGUAGCCUAAACUUUUCAACUGUCUUCCCUUUCAAGGCCUUGAGGUAGUUGAAACUGGUCCCAAACUGGUUUUCACUAACCAGAGAGCAGAAGCACGGGUCUGGUAACCACCAAUCAAGUGUUAACACGGCAAGGGCCUUUGUCUGGAUGUGGGAGGAUCCUUUUACAUAAAGGAGCUGUAAAAUGUGUGUAAGACAAAGUUUUUUGUACCAAGGUGCGAAACUCUCCUUUCUUCUGCAAAAUAAAGCAACCUUUCCUUAUCCCUAUCUGGCUGUUAUUGGCUCUCAGCUAGGCGAACCCUAUAUUUCAGCAACAUUACCUCUGGAGGAACUGUGCUACAAACUGAAGCUCUGAACAAAGGACUGAGGACCCAUCCCAGCUGGGGAUGUUCCAGAGACUUGAUUUGAACCUGCAGUUUAUUCCAUCGCUGCUUCAAGCCUGAAUCGAGAACUUUGCCUUUACUAUCGCCCCCUCACGAACCGGCAGCUGGUGAUCACCACCCUGAUCAUUAUCGCCAUCAAAUUGCUCCUGAUGAUCCUGGUUGUCUUCUCCCUCCUCUACCGCGCUCCCCAGUGCCAGUCAGGCUGGGACCAGGACCAAGGGAGGUGCUACCUUUUCUCCCGGGAUAACCAGUCCUGGGAGGCAGCGAGACACUCCUGCUUAGCCCAGAAUGCUGAUCUGGUGGUGAUCAACGACCCAGAGGAGCAGAAUUACGUGGCUAUUAAAGCUGGUUCCAUUCGUCACUGGAUCGGCUUCACCGACCAAGGGACUGAAGGCGUCUGGCGCUGGGUGGACAAUACUCCUGUGGGAUUUACGCAGUGGAACAAAGGGGAGCCCAAUAACCUGAAGGGAAUCAGCGACGAGGACUGUGCCCACCUGCUGGAGAGCGGCCUGUGGAACGACGAACCCUGUAGUGUCUCUUACAGGUGGAUCUGUGAAAGGGCCGCCACUGUGUAAACAGUCCUCUCUCCCCGGCUCUGAACACAGGCUGAAAUUCAUCCCCCCGCUGCGAGCCCUGGGCACCGCUCAUGGCCUGCGUAUCAGCCCGUUGGGCUUGUGAUGAUGCACUCCAUAUACUUUAUAAAAAAUAUGUUUAUAAGUGU